UUCAAUAUAACUAAAUAUUAUAAAUUUCCCCUUAUUUUCCAAUUUUUCCUCAUUUUUACCGUCUAUUUUUAUACCCUUUGUAUCCAGCAAUAAUUUAAUUAGCAUUCUCCAAGCUUUAUAAUUAUCCUUAUUUGUGAAAGGUAAUAUUUAUUAUAUUUUGCUGUUUAAAAGACGACAAUAUAACCGUGGAAACCAAACUGUUUAUAUACGAAUAUUCAUAGCAACCAAACAUGGAUUCAAUAAAGAUAAAACCUUUCACAAAUAAGGAUAAUUAUAAAGCUUGGAGAAUGCUAAUUAAAUUAUUGCUGGAUACAAAGGGUAUAAAAAUAGACGGUAAAAAUGAGGAAAAAUUGGAAAAUAAGGGGAAAUUUAUAAUAUUUAGUUAUAUUGAAGAAAAAUAUUUACAUUAUGUAAUUAAUUUGGAAACAAUUAUAGAAAUUUUUGAAAAAUUAGAUUUUAUGUAUGAUUAUAAUAUACAAGGACAAGAUAUAAAACACGUAAUGAAUUUUUUCGAGAUGCAAUAUUCAGGAAACAUAUUAGAAGAUAUAAAUAAAUUACAAAACAUACAGUUUGAAAUCACUAGUAAAGAGAACAAAAUUUCAGAACAAACAUUUAUGCACAAAAUUUUAAAUUUAUUACCGGAAAAAUUUAAUACUUUCAAAUCAAUUUGGAACAAUAUAGACGUAGAAAAGAAAAAUUUAGACGAAUUAACCCGAAGAAUUAAAAAUGAAUUGGAAUUCACCAAAGAAGAUUCUAUCAUAGAAUCCCGAGAAAUUUUAAAAGGAAACGAAAAGAGAUGUUUCAUCUGCAACAAACCAGGGCACAUAGCAAGAUUCUGUAAAAAUAAAAAAUGCGACCUCUGCGGCAAGUCGGGACAUAGUACGGAUGAGUGCUAUAGAAACAAAAUAUGUACCAGGUGUAGUAAGAAAGGGCAUAUAAAGCAAUUUUGUAGAACAUAUAAUUCGGUAAGUGGUAAUUCAAAAUUUAUUAAAAUAAAUGCUAUAUUUGAUUCUGGAGCAUCGUCACAUAUGUUUUCAAGUAAAGAAUUCAUAAAUUUUACAGAAGACAUAGAAGUAGAAAUUAAAUGCGCAAAUAAAGAAAAUUUAGUUGCAACAGCGGUCGGAUAUAUUAAUACAGAUUUCGGGAAAUUCGAGAAUGUUCUUUAUGUACCAGGAAUAUCUAGAAACCUAAUUUCAGUGAGCUGUUUAACAGACAAUGGAGCCACCGCAAUUUUCGAAAAUGAUAAAGUUACUAUUAAAAAAUUAGGAAAGGUUAUUUUAACCGGAAUUAAAAAUAAAAUUGGCUUAUAUGAAGUUCAGAUAAGAGUUCAGUUUAAGAAAGAAGUGCAUAUAACUGAAAGCUGCGAUUUAUGGCACCGUCGUUUUGGUCACGCUGCUGGAGUACAACGUUUUUCAAAAUUUUUAAAGGGGAUGAAAAUUAAGGGAGAUUUUUCGGACAAUUUUUGUGAGAUUUGUGUUAGGGCUAAAAUGUGUAGGCAUCCGUUUGGAAAAGAAAGGAUAGCAGCGAAAUCUCCUUUAGAGAUUGUUCAUACCGAUCUUUGCGGCCCAAUUGAAUUACCCACUUGGGACAACCAUAAAUAUUUUGUCACCUUUCUGGAUGAUUUUACUCAUUUUUCCGCGGUUUACCUUUUAUCGUCGAAAAAUGAUGUGUUUGAUAAAAUAAAACAAUUUAUAUUUUUGGCGGAGAAUCAUUUUAGAUUGAAAGUAAAAAAGAUUAGGUGUGAUAAUGGGACUGAAUAUUCAAACAAUAGUCUAAUAUCGUGGUGUCAAAAUAAAGGAAUAGUCCUGGACUUAACUAUUCCAUACACACCGCAAUUGAAUGGUAAAGCAGAGCGACUGAACCGUACUCUUAUGGAGAAAACGAGAGCCUUGCUUUUGGAUGGAGCUGUACCCAAAUAUCUCUGGGGAGAAGCAUUACUAACGGCUAGCUUCUUAUUAAACCGAUGUCCAACAAAAGGAAAAAAUAAAACUCCUGCGGAAUUGUGGUUUGGAAUAAAACCAGAUGUUUCAAAUAUUCGAAGAUUUGGCUCAACUACAUAUUUUAAAAUAAAUUCUGGACUAAAAAAGCUUGAUGAUCGUUGUAAAAAGGGUAUUCUGGUUGGCUACGUUAGAAACGGUUACAAAAUUUGGGUUGAAGAUGAACAAAAAAUUAUACGAGCAAGGGACGUAAGAAUUAAUGAGGGAGAACAAGGAAUUCUAGGUGGAUACUUAGAAGAUAAUGAAGUAAUUAAUGGGCUUUGGGGUGAUGAAAGGGAGAACACUAAUAGAAAUAACACAAAUGAAAAUAAUCGUGCAGAUGAUGAAGUCAGAGAAGUUCGAGAAGGUGAUUUUAGAGGAAUUAAUAGUAAUGGAGUUAAUGAAGUUCGAGAAGAUGUUGUUAUAAGGCAAAAUAAUAGAGGAAGAAAUGAAAAUCGAGUAGAAAGAGGAAGAAUCAUAAAUAUUGAAGAAACAGAUAUAUUUAGUGAAACAAAUGAAGAGGAAACAAUUGAAGGUGAAACAAAUGACAGAGGAACAAAUGCAAAUGAAACAAAUGAAAAUGGAACAAAUGAUAGCCCAUUAACAAAUGAAAAUCUGGUGGAGACUUUAAGAAGUAAUGAUGAUAUGGAUGAAAGAGAAGAAUUUCUUGACAGUGAAAAUACUGAAGGAAUUAAUGAACAAGUUUUAGAAAAUACAAGAACUGGAAGACCACAGCGGAACAGAAGACCACCAGACAGAUACAAAGAUUUCAUAAUGGAAGACGGAGAAUUCUCUUUAUUAACGUUCGAGGAAGCAAUUGAAUCAAAAGAAAAAGAAAACUGGUUAAAAGCUAUUAAAGAAGAAAUGGAUUCUUUAAAAGAAAAUAAUACAUGGUCUUUAGUUGACAAGAAGGAGGCAGAAGGAAGAAAAUUGGUUACAAGUAAAUGGAUUUUUUCUGUAAAACCUGACGGAAGAUAUAAAGCUAGACUUGUUGCUAGAGGUUUUCAACAAAAAUAUAAAAUAGAUUAUGAUGAAACAUAUAGUCCAGUUAUAGACACUACUUCUUUGAGAAUUUUAUUGUCCAUUGCAGCUGAUAAAGGGUUAAAAUUAAAACAAUUUGAUAUUAAGACUGCGUUUCUCCAUGGAAAUUUAAAGGAAACAAUAUAUAUGAAGGUUCCAAAAGGCUACAAUAACUGUGAGGGCAAAGUAUGCAAAUUAAAUAAAAGCUUAUAUGGUUUAAAACAGGCUCCCCUAAUGUGGAAUAUACGUUUUACAGAAUUUUUAUCAGAAAUUGGUUUCAGACAAUUGAAAUUAAAUAAAUGUAUAUUCAUUUUAGAUAUGACAGAAAAUAAAAGAAUCUAUUUAGGAAUUUAUGUAGAUGACGGAAUAAUAAUCGGCGAAAAUUUGAAAGAUUUAGAGGAAAUUAUAAAUAAAUUGAAAAAAGAAUUUGAUUUAAGGGUUUCUGAGAAAGUAUCUAAUUAUAUUGGUUUAGACAUCGAGACAGAAAAGAGUGGUAUUAAAUUACAUCAACAAAAAUAUUCGGAGAAAUUAUUACAAAAAUUUAAUAUGAACAAUGUGAGAGAUUGCAACUACCCGAGUAUUUUGGUGGAGCAACAUCCAUCAGUCAAAGUCGAUAAGAAAAUGCAUGAAGAAUAUAGAGAAAUGGUAGGUUCUCUGCUUUAUCUCUCAAACAAAACAAGACCUGACAUUAGUUUUCACGUAGGCUAUUGUUCAAGGCAUCAAAACAGUCCAAAUUUAAAUGAUUUAAACAAUGUUAAAAAUAUUUUGAGGUUUAUUAAAAGUUCAAAAGAAAAAGGUAUUCAUUACAGUAAAGGUGACAAUAUAUUGAGAGGUUUUUGUGAUUCUGAUUUCGCUGGUGAUCCUGACACGAGACGAAGUACUUCUGGUUUUGUGAUCUGGAUGAAUGGUGGACCAAUUGCAUGGAGCUCAAGAAAACAAUCAGUUGUGGCACUUUCGAGCACUGAAGCUGAGUAUAUUGCUGCUGCAGAAUGCUGUAAGGAACUGCUAUAUAUUAGAGACCUGGUAAAAGAAAUUACGAAUGAAAAUUUGGAUAUUGAAAUGCGAGUUGACAACCAAUCUGCGAUUUGGCUUAUGAAGAAAGGAAUUAUGAAUAAAAGAAGCAAACAUAUUGAUGUCAAAUAUACUACCUUAAAGAAAAGAUUGAUGAAAACCAGAUUAAAGUUAAAUACUGUCCAACUGGGUCACAGAUUGCGGAUAUUUUAACGAAAAGUUACCCAGGAUAAAGUUUGAAAGCUGUCAGAAGAAACUAGUGUCAUAGUGAGAUAGGAGUAUAUUAAUUUUCAAAAGUGAACUUAUUGUGUUUCGGGGGAAAUGGGUUGUUUUUUUUUUUUUAGUUUGUAAGUUUUAUAGGGGAAUUUCAAUGUUUUAUACAACAGUUUAUAUAACUAAAAAGAGACAAGGAUAAUUCAAAAAUUAAGGGGGUGCUCUCUUUCAACAGACAUAAACAAUUAAGGGGGUGAUCAUAAAAAUAUAUAUUUUUUUAUUAAUUAUACUAUAAAUACAAUAGAUAGUCUAGCCGUGGAGGAAGUACACAUUAUUUGAUACAAACAUAUUUACAGUCGUUUUUUAAAAUCCUUUUGAGUCUCUUUUAUAGUUUUGUUUUAUUGUUGUUUUAUAAUAGAUGUUAGGAAUUUUGUUUUGUGUUAUAUUAAAAUAAUAGAACGGAUAUGUGCAAAAAGUGAGAAAAUUUAAGAAGUGAGAAAAACAAAAGUUAAUGGAAGGUUGUAUGAAUAAUGUAAGAUUUGUAUGUGUGAUGUGAAUUCAAAUGUUGAAUUUGUUGAAGUUGUGCGAGGUUAUUUGUUAUGAGUUAUGUGGUUUGUGAGU